AUGGCGCCUGCCAGGCCUGCGGAGCCGCUGCUCGCGAGCGCGCUUGUCACCGAUGAAGAGCUAGGAGAAUUAUUCGGAAAAAUCAUCGCUCGCAAAACAGUGCCGGAGAAGAAAGAAGGAGCACUGGAUACAGGGUCGAGAAGUGUGGAUGAGGCACUCGGAGGGCUGGAGGGAGGGAGGGUGGUGGGUGUUUGGGGUGAGGCGGGCGAUGGUGGCGCUGAGAUCUGUCUUGCACUUUUAGCAUCGUCUCUGCUAAAGGACCCACAUUCAUCAACUGCGGUUGUGGACACGACAGGCAAUUUUGAUGUUCUGCGCUUGUAUUCGUUCAUUCUUGCCCGCCUUCAGGACGAUUUGGAGCUAUUGAACGCCAUGAGGGGAGCUAUGGGUGCCGGAAGUGUGAGUGCGGAAGAUGUUGCUGCUAAAUCACUCGAUCGGGUGAACAUCAUGCGGGCUUUCGAUUUGGUGGGUGUUAUGGAAGCUGUCGGGGAAAUGAGGGAUGAGCUGAGGGGACAGCAUCUCGAGGAGAAAGGGGACAAUGCAGUAAAACUGUCUCAAGGACAGCGCGCAGAGUUACCAUCCGAGGCAAUGCCACACGAGGAGAUCUUAGAACCGGAGGAGAACUUACCGAAGAGGACUUUCGUUGCAGAUCGUGACGACGAAGGAGAGGGGAUGUUGUUCGACGACAUGCCCGCAGCCUCUACACCGGCAAAUCACCCGCCCGCAGAGGCAUUACCGACGGAAGAACGAGACGAAAUACUCUUCGUCGACGGACCUGCCGACCAGCGCCACAAUACCUCUCAUCCUCCACCUGUGGCCACCAAUCCCCAGGUCCAGCGAGCAGAAUCCGAGCAUGUACAAUCAGCCCCGAACUCAAUACCCACAAAACCAACAUUCCUUCUCAUCGAUAACCUCGCUCAUGUUAUCAGCCCUCUGGUGCAAAAAAAUCAUGCACAAGGUACUUGUGUUAUCCCUAUACUUAACAACGUGAAGUUGACAUACUAUAGCACAAGCCCUGGCCUCCUCCUUCAUGCUCACCCUCUCUCACUUAACGCGGAACCAUAA